AUGUUUGCUUUGUCGUUUCCUGUCUUUCUUGACACGACCAUUUAUUUUUCUUCAAACUUUCUUUCGACAUUUAACAAUUUAAUUUAUUUCUUUGAAUAUUUCCUUCUUCACCGUUCCUUCCUAGUUUUAUUUAUUUUUCUUUUACUCCUUCUUGCAAAAUCAUUCUAUACAUUUUUAUUUUUAUUUAAUUUCCUGCCAAAUUCAUUCAUUCAUUCAUUUCUUUCUUUCCUUUUUUCUUUCUUCUUCCAUUCCUUUCUUUGUGUCUUUCUUCAUACUUCGUACCUUUCGCGACGUCUUCUUUCUUCUUUCCUUUCUUUCUAUCUUACUUUCAUCCUUCCUUUUUUCCUUUCGCUCCGUCUUCUUUCUUUAUUUAUUUUCUUUCAUCCUUCAUCCCUUCCUUUCGCUUCUUUCUUUCUUUCUUUCUUUCUUCCUUUCUUUCGCUUGUUUCUUUCUUCCUUUCUUUCGCUUGUUUCUUUCUUCCUUUCUUUCGCUUGUUUCUUUCUUCCUUUCUUUCGCUUGUUUGUUUCUUUCUUCCUUUCUUUCGCUUGUUUCUUUCUUCCUUUCUUUCGCUUGUUUCCCCUUUCUUCCCCUUUCUUCCCCUUUCUUCCUUGUUUCCUUCUUUCUUUCUUUUUCUUCCUUCCUUUCUGUCUUUCUUUCUUUCCCCGCUUGUUUCCUUUUCUUUCUUCCUUUCUUUCUGUCUUUCUUUCAUCCCCCCUUCCUUCCUUUCGCUCCGUCUUUCUUUUUCUUUCUUUCUUUCUUUCUUCCUCGUUUUGUAAAUUCUUUUCUUGCUGUCUUUCUUUCUUUCAUCCUGUCUUCCUUUUUUCGCUCCCCCUUCUUUCUUUCUUUCUUUCUUUAAAUUCAUAUAAUUUACUCCCUGUCUAG